GGCGUUUUGUGGUUUCGCCUAACAGCUCAGAUACUUCGAUGUGCAACGCAUUAGAUCGGAAAAGGUGUACUUUUUACGCACCUUAUAUAUGUACGUGCGGUCUGCAUACCUGUUUAUAACGUGGAACUAAAGCGUGCGAGUCACCGGUUGUUCAGCAGGGAUGAUCCCUUCACUGGACGUUGCACAUGUGUGCACACGACGGUGGUUUCUAGCAACGCUGGUUGAAAGGAAAAGCGUUUGUGCUUGGCGUACGGUAACCUCUUAUGCUAGCUGGUUUCCGUGUGGGACAGAUAUUACUUGUAGACAGUCACAUCGCAAGGUGGACUUUUGUACGUCGCCCGAGAGAGGUGGACCUUGGCCCGCUGUUAGGGAGACAGACAGCUUGUGAUGACGGCGGUGGGCUUGUGCGUUGGACAACUGGAGAAAUGGCGACAGCAAGCAUGACUCCAGAUGGAGAUAACGGGCCCCGUCGCCGUCGCGAUACACUGUCAAGCAUUCCAAUUGAUCGAGAAUCUGAAAGAGAUGCUGUCGUAAGCCUUUUGCAGGCUGCAUUCUGCAAAGGUCCGCGGGAUGUGAGUGCAGGACUCGAAAAGGCCGUGGGAGGAACGACAGGAGGUCAACUGUUGAAAGAAGAGGCAGGUAAUCCGGCCGAUUUCGGAUCUCUUUUACCUGCCUUCAAAGAUGACCUGGGCAGGACAGCUCUGCAUUACGCGUGCUUGGGGAGGCGUCCUGUCAACGCAGAGUGGAUACUGAAGGCAUGUCCUACCAUAGUCGAUUACAAGGAUAGUACAGGUGAAACUGCCCUAAUGAUCGCUUGCCGGGCUGGAGAUGUCCUCUUGGUCAAUUUGUUACUGAACUUCGGCGCUGAUGUGAAAAAAAGAAGCCAAACCGGCAUCACAGCCCUCCACUUAGCCGCGGAGAGCGGCGACGAGUCAUGCGUGACAGCCGUGCUGGAUGCGGGAGCAGAGGUCAACUGCUUUGCAGAGGCUUCUGGCAGUCCUUUGCAGUACGCAGUGACGAAUAAGCAUUAUGGGGCGGCAGAGUUGCUGCUACAGAAAGGGGCUGAUCCUAAUUACCCAUUCAACGAAAAGCGACUCCAUCUAUCGGUAUUCCCUCCGCCUCUGUUGUUGGCGUGCAACGCACGUCAGGAUUGCAUUGCAGAGCUAUUACUGAAUUACAAAGCAAAUCCGAAUAUCCGAGACAAACACAACUGGACGGCGCUCCAGUGCGCCGCAGAGAGCGGUGCAUACCGUGCUACGAUGGCGUUGCUCGAGGCGGGGGCGGACCCUGAUGUGACGACGCAGGGUCUGACAGCGUUUGAUUUAGCAAUGCAAAACCAGAAUUGGGCGGUGGCGGAUCUGCUUAAAGACAGAACGGCACUUAUAACUGACCAAGGCAAAAUUUUCACAGCACUGCAGGAGGCUCGCAAGAAGCGCUGUGAGAUGAAUGCGUUGGAAGCAGACAAACAAAAGAAAGCAGGUGAAAGGGUUGUAGGUACUGCGGCGCAACAGCAUUUGAGUGACGCGAUGAAAGCAAAGGCGGAUGCAGAUGCGUUUAACGAAGCAGGGGAUUACGCCCUGGCAGUCGACAAGUACACGCAGGCUCUUGAGCGAAUUCCGGCUAACGAAACAACGAAGGAAGCGCGGGCGAUGCUUUACGCGUCGAGGAGCAUGAUGUAUAUAAGCUUGGGAGAUCUCGAGGCAGCGGAAGCGGACGCUCAACAAGCUACAGAACUAGACCCUCUGUGGAGCAAAGGGUAUGCGGCAAAAGCCCGUGUAUACAAGGCGAAGAAUCAAAGUGACGAGUACACGAAGCAACUAUAUGAGGCGUGUACAAGGGAGCCUGUUAGGGAUGAGGAGCUUAUAUCGGAGCUAAAGCAUGCUAUAACGAUGUCGAGGCGAAACCAGACAAAACAGGAUCAAGCUCCGCCAUCCGUGGUCGAGAUAAACGGCUGAUCAUGAACGUACGCGUGCAACUUGGCGCGGAGGCAGAAUAUUCCACCCCUGCAGCCGCGUCGGCGCCGAAGAGCAUGUCGUGCCCAGCUCGUUAUCCACCAUGGAAACUGAUUGGACGGGAGGUUCAACAGCGCACCGUUCCGUGCUACAGGGAUGUAAAUUCCGGGAGGUUCAGUGUCGCAGUAAAGAAGAUUUUUGAAUGAGUAACCGUAAAACCAAACACUACAGCGUCAGACCACUGCGACGCGCGAAACCCGGAUGCGGUUUUCGCGAAACACGAGACUUGGAUGUGUGGGAACGUGGAAUCACUGCCCGUUUUCAAAAAAAAAAAGUGCCUCUCAGACGACCACCUGCCAGUUUUGUCCGGGUGGAGUCCUUGACAGCGUGUAGGAUGGGCGUUGAGCUCAGAAGAUUUAAUCCAUCUUCAGUGUAAUCCCACUCGGCAGUACUAUUCUCCGGGGUGUGUUAAGUCAUAAACGCUUCGAACCUGCUGCUCCUGCCAUAGAUAAGUUCGUUGCGCAGCCAUUCGACUGUUGAAUGUAUUGAAAUUGCUUAACUUCUGGUGGAUAGAGAGGCUGUGGCCACAUCCUGAUGUCUGAACAGUCACAUCUAACGACUCAACAAUUUGACAGUCAAUGCUAGGAGCUAAUGUAUCA